UUUGUUAGUUUUUUUUAUUUAUCUUUGUAAGGUAGAAAUAAGCUUCAGGAAAAAUGCCACGAUCAGUGCGAUCAUUUACAGCGGACAUAAACGGACAUAGGAUUCACAAACCCAAUUUGAACGGACAUUCAAAUAUGAAAACUGGACGAAAGGGUCCAGAUAAUGAAGGUCUUUUUGGAACAAUAAUGUCUUUUCUUAAUACAUACGUCGCUCCGCCAUUAGUGAUCUUGUGUAUGCCGACGCUUGUCAUGGCAACGUGUUACCUUGACGACCAUCAUGCCGGAGAGCUGCUCUCGUUUGUCAAGGAAAUACAAGACACGCCAGUGGGACAAAUGCUUCUUAGAAUAUGGAAUCCAUUGACGAAAAUAGACUUGGUCGUCAUGGUAACGGUACUCGUGUACAUGGCCUGGGCGGUGAUUUGGAUGGUGGUUCUACCCGGGCCACAGGUCGAAGGCCCAAUGACGUCACACGGAAAUAUCCCUGUAUACAGGGACAACGGAUUCAGACAUUAUAUAGUAACCAUGACAGGUUCUGUACUGUUCACAGUUGUUCUUAAAUUAUCUGGAAGCACACCGACGUUUAUUUAUGACAGGUUCUCUGAGUUCGCCGCGUUAAUGAACGUGUUGGCCGUGGUAGUCGUUUUCAUGCUUUACAUCAAAGGUAUUUACAAACCUUCAACAUCUGACAGCGGUAAAACCGGCAAAGGAUUCCUUUUCGACUACUACUGGGGCACAGAACUUUACCCAAGAGUGUUCGGCAUCGACAUCAAAGUCUUUACAAACUGCCGCUUUGGAAUGACUGUUUGGCCUCUUCUUGUGUUGGUUUUCGCGUUGAAAAGUUAUGAACUUCAUGGACUUAUCGACAGUAUGUUCGUUAGUUCCGUUCUCCAGCUUAUUUAUGUGAGUAAAUUCUUCAUCUGGGAGGGCGGUUACUAUCAAACAAUGGAUAUAGUCCAGGACAGGGCUGGGUUCUACAUUUGUUGGGGCUGCCUAGCCCUUGUACCACCCCUUUACCCAAUUGCAUCUCGGUACCUGGUUUCACAUCCGGUAGAGCUCGGACCACUAUCGUCUGCAGUGCUGCUUAUUAUAGGCACUGUAUCAAUCUACGUCAACUACCAAGCAGACGAACAGAAAACACUCGCUCGAAAAACAAGCGGAAAUUGCGUCAUUUGGGGCACGAAGCCUGACGUCAUUCGAGCUAAGCACGUGCUACAAAGUGGCAAAAAGAAGAAAAGCAUUAUUUUGGCAUCUGGCUGGUGGGGUGUAUCAAGGCAUUUCCAUUAUAUUCCGGAAGUUCUACUGGCCGCCUGCUGGACUCUUCCGGCAGGUUUUAGUCAUUUCCUGCCGUAUGCAUACCUAUUGUUUCUGACAAUAUUACUAGUGCAUCGCACGUUCAGAGACGAUAGAAAAUGUGCACAGAAGUACGGUCAUUUUUGGAAAACAUAUUGUGGGAAAGUUAGGUACAGAAUAAUACCGUACGUUUUUUAAAGGCAUACAAUCGUCCUUACCAUUGCUAGUAAUCGGUUGUUACUGGUGUACGUAGGCUUUUAUGAUAAAUUUUUUAUAGCCGUACUUAUAGAAAAUUGCAUCCAAUUUUGAAUUAAAUCAGUUUGGGACAUGAAUGAGCUGAGACGAGAAUCUCAGUGUUAAAGGCCCAUUCCGUUUCGGUUAAAUAAAUUAUUGUUGGAUUCAUUCAGUAAUUUAAGAUUAAAAUGGUUCGAGGUAAAUGAACUCCAUAAUGAUAAUAAAAGAACCAAAAAAAAUAAUAAAAAUUCCGGCGACAGCAGAAUUCAAACUUGGUUAUGCAGAUAGUCACGGAUGAUCCUAUACGAGACAGUCACGUGAAGUGUCGACAACAUUAUAGGUCAACAUUGCAGCGGACAUUAACUUUUCGCUGUUUAUCUUCAUUGAUGACGGUUUAUGGUGCAAACAUAUUUUUAGAAAUGCGAUAAAGGUCGCUAUCAUUGUAGUACGAUAUCUGCAUCCGAACAGUUCAUCGCCCGCCUAUGUUUAUGUUUACAAUUAAUGUCAAGUUUUGUAGGGUAAAUUAAACCAAACUUACAAUAUCACGGCUUAUCGCUUCAUAUCGUCAUCUAGUGUGUUUACAUAAAAAUGCGCUAAGCAUUCUUGGAUCUCUUUAUCAAAUUCGUGACCAUCAUCACCUCAUGUGAGCGAUCUAAAUAAAUAUGUUUCAAAAGGAAUUCCGUGAACAGUUUUGCAAUUACUGAUGAUAUGUGUACUUUCUAUAUAAAUGUAUUUUCUUUACAAAUAAACUUUGUUUAAAACACUAGAAACAAGCAAAUUGUAAGCUUUAUUUUACGUAUUUCACAAAUUGAACCGAUUGAGGCGAUCGCGUGCGCUUUCUGUCAUUAAAGUGGUCACCCAGCUGCGCAAUGCCUACGCAAGUUUAAAUUGUUAUGUGCAACAGCAAACACUUACCCAUACUUAAUUCAAACUCGUUUGUUUUAUAUUCCUGAAUUGAGCAGGGAUUUAUUUCGGCUCUACACUAAUUUACAUCUCCCUGAAAGGUUUAUUUUGAAACUAUAACCGGAAGAUAUCCUGUUUCUUAAUGUGUUGUAAAAUUUACAAUGAAAGUUUCCUGUUUAACAAAAGUAGAGUAUUUCAAUUAAUGUGAAAAUUUACAAAAAUUGUGAAACUAACUACAUGGUCUUAUAAAAAGGUGAAUCGUACAAUGAAUUUUGUUCCUCAUACAUUUGAAACUGUUAUUUUUCGGUCGUAAAAUGAUGACGCUGUUGUGUACAUGGGUUUGUUAUUUAUUACAAAAUACUGUGCAUUAUCAACUAUCUUAUGACCUGAAACCAAGUGACACCGAUUGUUACUAACUAGUACAAUGUCUAGACGUCUAGAGCUGGCUGAUCAAAGAUCAGCUAACAUCAUAAGAUACACCUUUCUAUUAAGGUAUUCAAUCCAUAAUUAAUACAAAAAUGCUACUGGCUAGGUUUCAGUUUGAUGUUACAAAAGGUUUAGUUGCAUAGUUUUAAAAUUUUCACUGAGAGCCUGUUUUUGAGAGCAGUGUUAUUUAAGCUUUUAUAAAAUUGCUAUUUAAUCAUAGUUUGUUUUAUUACCUCCCUUUGAUUUUAUUACCUCCCUUUGAUUGUUAUUAUCAUAAUAGCAGUAUCAUUCUGGUGUUAUUCAAAAUCGUAAUCAAUGAAAAAAUAAUAUAAUGGUUAAUCAAACCGAAUUAAUCAUAGAAAUAAUAUAUUAUAGUAUCUAAAAUGUUCUUAUAAAUAUUUGCAUCUUUUGAUGGAUGGCUUACCUUUAAUAUAAGUUAUAAAAAUAACUAGACCUUGAAAUGAAAUAGAUGGUGAUGAGUGGAAGUCGGGGAGUCACAGUUGUUCAUAUGUUUACAAGCAAGCUCUACCAAUAUGGUGAAUGACUUAUGACAUCUUCAAUCUAUAGAUUACUAUUCUAAAUUUAUCAAAAUGUUCGUUCUUUGAUUAAAAUGGCUAAUUGUGUCAUGCUAUUUACGAUGGUAUUUUUUUCAAAGCUGUAUAUAUAUGCUAUACUUGAUGUACCUACUUCCCGAGUUAUUUGAAUAAUACACCACAUGAGUAAUGGACCAUUUUAAUCACGAUGAAUGGAUGUAAAAACUGUUUGUAACAAUAUCAUCAAGCUUAACGUUCAAUUAGAAGGGUGCAUUUAUUGAAAAAUCAGUGUAGUUUCAUUUAAAUAGUUCAAUAGUUCAAUAGUUAAUGGUUUGUUACGUUUCAAGAAACAAUUCUUUUUCAAGAAUAUAUAGAUUUCAGUUUUACUCUUGAAAAGAAUUGUUCAUAAAAACAAAUUGAAAACGGAAUUUUAAAACAUUUUAUGUUUUGGUCCUUUUUCAUUGUGGAAGAUCCUUAAUGCAAUUGGUGUUACUAGAAAUGAUAUUUGUAUUAAAAGUAAAACUAAUGUUUAUUAAAUGUGUCUAAUGCAGCAGUGCUGGUUGAGCUUGGUCGUUUUCCUUUGUCUAUAUUAUGUAAUAUUAGAGCACUUAAUUAUUUCCUAUGCAAGGUAAAUAAAUCCUACUUCGCUUAUACAUCACAUGUUUUAUGAACAAGUGAAUAAUGCUACUUUUCUGUAUAGCAAUGCCAAAGAUAACUGGUCUAAAUCUGUUAAGAAUCUAUUAGACUCUCUUGGAUUUUUUUUUGUUCAGUAUAGCAAUACUAAGUUAUACCAACCAAGUUAACGUACGUACUAUGAACGUACUUCCGUAUAUAACGGAAUGUUUUACUAUGAACGCACAUUCGCCACCUACAGCGGACCGUUACAUUUCUUUAAGGCUACGUCUCUAUAAUCAGUUUGGUCUGAUACUAUUAAUUCGCAUCCCAAGUUAGAAUAUUUUAAACAAUUUAAAAAGAUUUUAUAUUCGAGAAACAUCUUGAAAUUAAUAUGAAAGAUAAAUAUAGAAUUGCAUUAUCCAGACUACGAUUAAAAUUUGUGUUCACACUCUCUGGAAAUCGAGGUUGGAAGGUAUAAUAAUAUAUCACGUAUUAAUCGUAAAUACAAACUUUGUAAUACAAGUAUGGUUGAAUCUGAAUACCACUUUAUACUAUGCUGUCCAUUUUACUCCGAUAUACUUCUACAGUAUAAUAUUUCAGGAUCAUGGAAUACAUUUGUUAAGAUAGUGUCAUCAAAUUAGAAUAAAACUUUAAGACGUUUGGCUAAAUUCAUAUAUAACAUGCUAUAUUGAGGUGAUCUGUCUCCAUUGAUGCAGUUGCUUCUUAAUUUAGUACCUUCAAGUAUAUUGUUGUACUGGAACAUAUAAAAGUGUUGUUUGUACUAUUUAAAUCUUUGUAUUUUGUGUGCAUUUCUCUUAAAGGGGCUAUACACCGUGUGAUGAAAUAACGAAAAAAAGGUAGAUAAUUGUCGAAAACUGACAUAAACUUGGUAUCGAUGUGUACAAUGCAUUGCAACUAACUAACUGAAGUACCACAUAGUUUACAAUUUAUUUAUUUUUCGCAGUUUUUUCGUAUUUUUCCAUUGAAAAAGAUUACUAGGUAUGUAUAGUAGAAUUCAUUCUAAUGCGUGAUUGGCUAGCCCAUGUUAUCACGUGAUAUUACCAAGUUAGGCAUAUAGCUUAAAUAUUCCACAUGGUUAUUAUAUCAAAGAGUAAAACACUUUAUUAAAUAAUUGUCCUGAGAUUCGUCACAGAAAAAAAACCAUUUUGGUGCCAAUCUGGUGUAUAGUCCCUUUAAUAUGUUUUAUGUUACUUGUUCAUGGCCAAAGGCUCUUGUGUUGCCAAUAUUGCCAAUGGAACUUGAAACUUGAUACUUGUGUUAAGAUAAACAUCAAUUCAUUAAUUUCUUCAGUAUGUAAGAUUUGUUGUAUAUAUAUAUAUAUAUAUAUAUAUAUAUAUAUAUAUAAUACAAAUAGCUGGCAGAUACUGCAAAAUGUUGUAAAUAUUUUAAUAAAUGCUAAUUAGUAUUAUUGUUAAUUAUUUUAGUUUAGAUAAAAAUUAAUGUUUCUAGUAUUUAAGUUAGUAAUUAGCAAGAAAGCAGUUUAUUUUUUAUCGAUGCAGAUAAAUGGAAGAUGCUGAAAAUUGUUGCUUAUGUCACAAGUUUUAUGUAAGGCUAAAUUGUUAAUUGUAUUGAUUUAGAUACACAUUUAGAUUGUCAUAUUUUCACGAAUAACCAAAUUAUUAAAAAGUGUUUAA